CCUGGGGAAAAACAUGUUCAGUAGAGCUAUACAUAAGUCCAUUUCUUCUGCUUUCUAUCUUCGGACAUAUACCUUAAUGAUGCCGGACUUCUAUGAUGAGGUCGCAGUUCUUGCCUGCGAGGGACUCGCUACGUAUAACAUCAUCAGAGCGGCAGCAAUUGUUUUGGCAGCCGCACUAGCCACUUUCUGUUAUGCAUGGUGGGCUAACAAAUUCACCAAAAGCACGCCGCCCCUGCCACCUGGUCCACCAGGCAUGCCAAUACUAGGAAACCUUCCUUUCAUCCAACCUGAUUUUUAUCAAUACGUUGUCAAACUCUCUCAAAUCUAUGGCCCCAUUAUCAAACUCCAGCUCGGAAGCAAGAUCUGCAUAGUAAUAAGUUCACCUUCAGUUGCAAAAGAGGUCCUCAAAGACCAUGAUGCUAUCUUCGCUAACCAUGACACGCCUGCAGGAGCCAUAGUCGGCAUGUAUGGUGGACUUGACAUCGCGUGGAGACCUAAUGGGCCUGAAUUGCACAAGCUGCGUAAGCUUGUUGUUCGUGGAAUUAUGAGCAAAAGAAGCCUUGAUGCUUGCUACACGCUUCGUCGACGAGAGAUUCGACGAAUGGUGAAGGAUAUUUACGGAAAGGUUGGCUCACCCGUUAACAUCGGUGAACAAAUGUUCCUAACCAGUCUAAAUGUUAUGGUAAGCAUGCUGUGGGGUGAUUCCUUGAAUGGAGAGGAAAGAAGCACGCUUGGGAUUGAGUUUAGGAGACGAUUGGUAGAAUUUGUAGAAUUGUUUGGAGCACCUAAUGUUUCAGAUCUUUUCCCUGUUCUUACGCCAUUCGAUUUACAAGGAAUUCAAUCCAAAACAAAGAAGAAUUUAUCGUGGUUUUAUGAGUUUUUUGAAUCAGUGAUAGUACACAGAACAAAGGUUGAACAGGCCGAUGGAGAGGGAAAGAAAAAGGAAGAAAGCAAGGAUUUUCUGCAGCAGUUGUUGGAGCUGAAUCAACGAGGAGAUGAUGAAACCUCAUUAUCCAUGAACGAAGUAAAGGCUGUAAUGCUGGAUUUGAUUGUAGGUGCUACAGAUACAACAUCUACCACUGUAGAGUGGGCAAUGACAGUGUUACUGCGACAUCCAAAUAAAAUGAGUGGAGUCCUUGAGGAAUUGGAGGCAGUAGUUGGAAACCAAAACAUUGUGGAAGAGUCUCAUCUUCCUCGACUGCUCUAUUUGGAAGCAGUUGUAAAGGAAACACUUCGAAUGUAUCCACCUACUCCGUUACUAUUGCCUCGCAAGCCCAGCAUGACUUGCACUGUGGCUGGUUAUACCAUUCCCAAAGAUUCUAGAAUUUUAAUUAAUGCAUGUUAGAUACAAAGAGACCCUGAGAUUUGGGAAGGUCCACUUCAAUUUGAACCUGAAAGAUUCUUGAAAGACACUGAGAAAGGUAACUAUCUAGGAAACAAUUUCCACUUUUUUCCAUUUGGGUCAGGGAGGAGAAUUUGUGCUGGAAUUCCUAUGGCGGAAAGAAUGAUAGCACACGUCUUAGCUGCCCUGGUGCAUUCUUUUGAAUGGAAAUUACCGGAGGGAACAAAGCUUGAUACACAGGAGAAAUUUGGAAUACUUUUGAAGAAAAUGGAACCACUUGCUGCCAUUCCUGCUGCACGACUUUGUAAUUCGGAGCAGUACCAGUAACAUGUGUCUUAUACGAGCGUGCAUGUAAAGGGUCUUGCCUUUGUUCCUUAAAAGAAGGCAAGCACCCUGCCACUUGGCAUCUUUGAGUAAUGAAUAAUGACUUAAAUUCCCCGUGCUUUAUCUACUACUGGGCCUCGGCAUGCAAGCUUGACGCUUAAAAGGUGCAUCCAAAACGGAUAGAAGUAUUAUUUUGUUUUCUGCUGCUACAUUACAGUUAUUGUUGAAGUAAGACAGGCAUUUCUGCUGUUCUCAGCAUCGAAUUGGAGCUGUUCCCAUUCAUUGGUGGUCGAAAGCGACUCGUCAAAUGCUGUUAAAUGGGUACAGGAACCUAACCUAGCCUCAUCGAGGAUGAGAAAGCGGAUACCUCAUGUUGAGAUGUUAAAGAAAAGAGUGACAAAGUGGGAAAUUAAACAUGUCAGGAGGGAGGCAAACCAUCAAGCUGACAGUCUUGCCAAAUCAGGUCUCGGUAGGAAAGUUGAAUUGAUUAAUGUGUGGGAGGAUGAUCUAAAUAGAAUUUCUGAACAGAGAGGAACCUUGACUGAUGAGUUUAUUCAAGGAUAACUAUGGCUGCCUAGGUAUGAAAAGUUUUCAAUGAACUGUGAUCGUUGAAUCAAGCAUGCUCUAGGCUGGAGUCUAGGUUUUUGUUUUUGUUGAUCUAUGUUUGGUCUGCUGUGUUUUCCUCCUUAUUACAAAGUGUGGAUCCGUUUGCUGUUUUGGGAGUGUUUUUUAGGCUGUAAAGGGUGUAUAGGGGAUGGUCUUUUGUAUAGUAUAGAGAUACUUGUAUUCUGUGAUUAUUUUGCAACGGUAUACCCCUGGCCUUCGUAAGGGGCAUAUGGUGGGGAGCUCAGGCUCACCCUGUUUUUAUCUAUCACAUGACUGGUUUUUCUCUUCGUAAAUGGUGUUGGUUCAAAUGGCCUCGGCAGAAGCUCUUUUUCCUCCGGUAUGGCUUCCUCAUUCUUCCUUGGUGUCUGUUUGGGUUGACUUGUGCUUCGUGGCAACAGGGUAUAACCUGGUUUUGGAACUUCUGGUCUUAUCUUUCUCUUGUUGCUAUUGGUCAACAUUUUCAGUGGUUUUUGACUUAUUGGAAUUUAGUGUGGCUUGGUUGUCUACUGCUUGAAUGGGAGUCGAGGUGGUGACAAGGCUGCUGUUAACUAUGAUGCGGAAUUUUUUCAGCCUCUGUUUUGUGCUUCCAGCGGAGAGCUUUGGUGAUUUCAGUCUUGAGCUUGUUGUGGUGGGUUAAUUUUCUGAUGGCUGUUGCCAAGGUCUGUUUAUGCCCACCAGGUAUUUGAUGAUUCACCUAAUUGGAUGACAAGCACCGCCCAAGGUGUGAUGUUGGCCUUGGCUGAAGGGGUGAUUAGCUAUUUGCUUGUCCUUUUGGAUUUUUUGUAUGUUUAUUCUGGUAGGAAUGAGUAACCUACUUAGAGGUUUGACCGUAGUUGGGAUACACUUUAAUGAAACUUGUAUCUUAACCUUCUUUUAAUGGAAUACAUUAUGCUUUUCAAAAAACAAAACUGGGUAAGUGCUUUACUAUCACAAGGGUCAAGGCGAAAGGAAUGGCCGUUCUCAGCAGGUUCCACUUAUAAAUAAUUGCUGGUGGUAUAGGGGAUGUUGAAGAGAGGGAGGAUUGGAAAUGGUUGUGGCGUUUUAAGCGUCAUGAAAGACGCAUGUUUUUUCUUUGGCUUUAUUUGCAGGAUAAUGUUUUGGCAAAUGUGGUUCGAUUUCAGAGAAAGCUAACUACACUCCAAGUUGUCCUCGAUGUGGGGCUCAAGUUGAAGACCUUGAUCAUAUUCAUAGCAGAUGUUGGGUGUCUAAGGAGGUAUGGCAGCAACGUGCUCAGGAUAUCAAUCCAGAAUGAAGAAGGCUUUGACAUGGUUUGAUGAGAUUUUUUAAUCAGUGAUAGCACACUCAAAGAAAGGUUGAUCAACCUGAUGUUGGAGAGGGCAAGAGAAAGGAAGAAAGCAAGGAUUUGCUGCAGUUGUUGGUGCUGAACCAACAAAGAAGCUAUAAACCCUCAUUAUCCAAUAACGAAGUUUUAAGGCUAAGCUGCUGUGUCCAUUACCGUAAAGUGGACAAUGACAGGUUACUAGUACAUCCGGAUAAUAUGGGAAGAGUUGAGGAACUGGAUAGAGUGAUUGGAGACCAAAACAUUGUAGAAGAGUCUCGUCUUCCUCUACUUGUCUAUUUAGAUGCAGCAAUAAACCCACACCCUCUAAAGAGAAAACCCUAGAAAAACCCAGACCCAAGCAGAAAGAAUGGUGUUAGGGCUUAGGCAGUUCAUGGCAAGAGCCGGCAACGGUGGCAGAGAGCCUGUUCUCGAUUCAGAUAAUGGUGAGGAGUUUGUUCACAUCCCCAUCACACUUGGCAAGUGGUUUGGCUGAGUGAUGUGGACAGUGCAAAAUGGCUAUGCCAUUGGUUUCAUGUCUCUGUUGCUGCAACCGUUUCAGGGGAUCCAGAGGCCUGCCCUUCUCCCUGUAUUUACACUCAGAUUGAAACUGAAGCUGAUGAAGAUGAGUCUGGGGACUCAGAUUCAGAAUUUAAUGAGGUUUUAGGUUUAUCCAAGUUCACAGAGAUGAGGCUUAUUCCUUCAGAUGCUAGUGGAUACUCUGUUUCAGAUAUUCUGUUAGUGUGUUGAGCUAAAUCCGGAGCCUAUUGAAGCUUCAAAUAAACGACCAGUGCUUUCAGGAUUCAGAAGAGAUGGAACAAGUUAGUGAUACUGGUAGUAGUCAUCAUCAUCAGUGAGCUACCAUGUGACUGUUGCCUUGCAGGAAAUUCAACAUAUGGUAAGAGUGAACUGAAUGCACGUGUUGCUUUUAACUGAUUUUGCCCCAUGCCCAAACUUUAUUGUGUAUACUUAAUCACUCGAACAAAUUGGCAAUGUUUUCUUUUUCAGAAACUUGUAUUUUAAAAUUAUUUUGUUCCUGUUCUUCAUUGUCAUUUGUGUAUCACACAGUGCCUGUAAAAGUUCUAAGCAAAGAUUAAUAUGGGAAAUCUGUCCAUUAUCUUUCA